AUGGCCACCGGAAUCCUUCGUGUGAAAGACAACAUUAUCGUCGAUGCCAAUGGGCAGCAAGUGGUCCUGCGGGGGGCAGCGAUCGGAGGAUGGAUGAAUAUGGAGAACUUCAUCACCGGCUUUCCCGGCCAUGAAUCGCAGCACCGUGCUGCCAUGCGCAAGGUCUUAGGUCCAGAGAAAUACGACUUCUUUUUCGACAAAUGGCUAGAAAACUUCUUCACCGAUUCCGACGCCAGAUUCUUCGCCAGUUUGGGCCUCAAUUGUCUCCGGAUCCCGUUCAAUUAUCGUCAUCUGGAGGAUGACAUGGCGCCCCGUGUGAUAAAACCGUCUGGAUUCAAGCAUCUAGAUCGGGUGAUUAAUAUUUGCGCUGCACACGGCAUCUACACCAUCCUGGACAUGCAUACUGUGCCGGGUGGCCAGAAUCCAGACUGGCACUCGGACAACCCGACCAGUUAUGCCGCGUUCUGGGACUACGCAGACCACCAGGAUCGAACGGUGUGGCUGUGGCAGCAGAUUGCCGCUCGGUACAAGGAGAACCCCUACGUCGCUGGUUACAAUCCUCUCAAUGAGCCCUGUGAUCCGGAGCAUGUACGACUCCCUGCUUUCUAUGAACGAAUAGAAAAGCAAAUUCGCGCCGUCGACCCUGAUCACAUUCUGUGGCUGGAUGGGAAUACCUUUGCCAUGGAGUGGAAAGGGUUUGACAAGGUGCUACCCAAUUGUGUCUAUGCCAUACAUGAUUACUCCACCAUGGGAUUCCCCACUGGCGAUCGAUACAUAGGUACGCCGGAGCAGAAGCAAACUCUCGAACGGCAGUACCUCCGCAAAACGCAGUUCAUGCUUGAGCAAGGCACCCCAGUCUGGAACGGCGAAUUCGGACCUGUCUACGCCGACCCAGUCCUUGAUGCUGAUGCAGAAGCAAUCAACCAAUCCCGGUACAACCUGCUAGGAGAGCAACUGCGGAUCUACGAUAAGUACAACAUCAACUGGUCCAUCUGGCUAUACAAGGACAUCGGCCUACAGGGUAUGCUCUACACCAACCCUGAUAGUAAAUGGAACAGAACCAUUCAGCCGUUCCUUGAGAAGAAACGCAUGUUUUGGCUGGACAAGUGGGGUCAGCGUCCAGCACCGGAACCGGAGGCUGCACUGCGGCCGCUGGUGGACUGGAUCGAUCGUGUCAGUCCGGCGGCCAAGUCAACCUACCCCACGCCCUGGAAUACGGAGAUGCACGUUAUUCGUAAUGUUUUUAAUACAUUCCUGGCUGCGUCUUUUGUGGAUGAGUUCGCCGCGUUGUUCCAGGGAAUGGAUGAGAAGGAACUGGAGGAGCUCGCAAGGAGCUUCCAUUUUGAGGAGUGUUUGCAGCGUCAAGGGUUGAAUCAUAUUCUGAAGGAUCACGCUAAGGCAUCACAGUGA